AUGAGAGCAAACAUCGAGAAAUCCGACAAGAAGAUAUCUUUGAUCUUCCCGACGGCUUGUUUUGUUGGUAUUACUUCUGCUUUCUUGAUCGGGAGGGAUUAUGUUUGGGACAGGAUACGGCGAUACGCGAACCAAUUCCUCCCAGAAACUUACAACGGGUCCGUGGCCAUUCACGGCAUUCUCAUUUCUUGCAUUCCUGCUACUCUCUACUGGGGUAUCUUUGCGACACAUAUUAGAAGAGAUGAUUUCAGUAGACUAGAUAUGAGGAGGCAUAUGAUCUGGUCCGGAGCACUCGUGUUCAUGGGUUCAGUGGUCUUUGCUCUCGCCACCAACAUAUUUAAUUAUGUCAUGCAUGUUAUAGGUCCGAUGCUGUACGCUUGCGGUUUUGGCUUAAUGUAUCAGGGUGCUCAAGUCUAUAUGUCCGAAAUGGGUUUUGCUCAUAGAAACUACUUAGCUUCCCUGAAUAUAGCUUUUAAAAUCAUGAUCGCGAUUGGUAUCUUUGUGGCCAAUCUUGUGAGCUGCAGCACCAACAGUAUCAAAGAUGGGCAGGGCUGGAGAGUUAGCAUAGGCAUUGCUGCGAUCCCUGCUAUCACCACCAUCCGAUCUUUCUUACUCCCAGACACUCCGAUGUCCAUGAUUAAGCUUGGAAAGUUUGAUGACGCCAAACAGUUGCUCGAACAUCUCCAUGGCACCAACGACGGAGGAGUUUGGGCAAAAGAGGACUCGUUCAUAUGA